AUGGAGUCUACCAUCGAACAACGCUACGCAAUCAAAUUCUGCGUCCGUCUGGGCAAGAAUGCAACGGAAACGUUUUCAAUGCUUCAGGAUGCCUUUAAGGAUAAUUGUUUAUCCUACUCCCAAGUGAAGAAGUGGCACAAGGCGUUCAAGGAGGGGCCGGAAGAGGUGGCUGACGAACCUCGGUCUGGACGCCCGUCGACCUCCCGAAUCGAUGAGAAUGUGCAGCGAGUGCGCGAUUUUUUGAACUCUGAUCGUCGGUUUAGUGUUUACCAGGUAGCAGAUGCCCUGAAUAUUCCGAAAUCGACGGUGCACCGAAUCAUUUCCGAGGAUUUAUUGAUGCGGAAGGUGAGCGCCAAACUUGUGCCGCGGGUGUUAACUGACGACCAAAAACAGCUCCGGGUGCUUCGGUGUAAAGAAUUGUUGCAAUUGUGCGAAGAUGACCCCGAGUUUUUAAGCAAAGUGGUAACCGGCGACGAAACGUGGUGUUUCGAAUACAUUGCAGGUACGACCCGGAGACAAAAAGGCAGAGCGCUGAGUGGCACACCACCGCGUCACCCCGGCCGAAGAAAGCUCGAAUGA